CACACAUUUUAUUAAUGUUAUGCGAAAGCGAAACUCCGAUUGUAAUUCUCCCUCUCAUCUCCUCCUCCUCCUCUCUCAGUCUCUGUUUUCUGUACUAUUUUGCCGCCAUCAUGUUUUCCGCCAGAGACAUGCCUUCUCCGUCCUCUGUUUUCUCGGCUUAUGCCUCCAUGACUGCCUCUGUCAUGCUGUUUCGUUCCAUGGCCAAUGACCUCAUACCUCAUCCUCUUCGAGGUUAUCUCCUCAGAGCUUUUCGCUAUUUCGUCAAGCCUUACUCCCCUUCUCUCACUCUCGUCAUCGAUGAAAACAGCGGGAUUUCUCGCAACCAAGUGUACGAUGCUGCAGAAGUUUACUUAUCGGCCAGAGUCAGUCCCGAAAACGAGAGGCUCAGGAUUAGCAAGACCCAAAAGGAGAAGACCUUGAAGAUUCGGCUGGAGAAGGAUGAGAAGCUGGUGGAUUGUUAUAAUGGGGUUCAGCUCAGAUGGACAUUCUGUUCAGAGUCAGGGAACAACCAGAAUGAUUUCAACGGCAUCUCAGUUAGGCGAUACUUCGAGUUGAGUUUCCACAGAAAGCACAAGGAGAUGGUGUUAAAUUCUUAUAUUCCGUUCGUCCUCGAGAAAGCCAAGGCCAUGAAAGACGAGGAAAGGAUGUUGAAGAUGCAUACCUUAAACACCUGCUGCUCGUCGGUCAAGUGGGAUUCUGUCAAUCUCGAACACCCAUCGACCUUUGAGACUCUGGCUAUGAAGACAGAGCUGAAGAACGCUGUCAUAGAGGAUCUGAAUAGGUUCAUCAAGAGGAAGGACUUUUACAAGAAAGUUGGGAGGGCAUGGAAACGAGGGUACUUGCUCUAUGGGCCUCCGGGCACUGGAAAAUCAAGCUUGGUUGCAGCAAUGGCUAAUUACUUGAAGUUUGAUAUCUAUGACCUUCAACUUGAGAAUAUCGCCAGAGAUUCGGACCUCAGAAAGCUGCUUCUGGCUACUGCUAAUAGGUCCAUUCUAGUGAUCGAAGACAUUGAUUGUACCGUGGAUCUGCCGGAGCGCCGCCAUGUAGAAGAACGUAAGCAAGCUGACGCGCAGAAGAAGUUGACUUUGUCUGGGUUACUGAACUUCAUAGAUGGGCUCUGGUCAAGCUGUGGAGACGAGAGGAUCAUAAUAUUCACCACCAACCACAAGGAAAGAUUAGACCCAGCCCUGUUACGCCCAGGAAGAAUGGACAUGCACAUUCACAUGUCCUACUGUUCCUUCCAGGGCUUCCAGCUUCUGGCCUCGAAUUACUUGGGAAUUUCCAGUGAGCAGCAUCAGAAUCUGUUUGCAGAAAUAGAAGGGCUCAUAGACGACACGCAAGUAACCCCUGCUCAAGUGGCAGAGGAGCUCAUGAAGAGUGAAGACGCUAGAGACGCGCUCGAAGGGUUCGUGGGGCUGCUUAAGCGGAAGAAGAUGGAAGGCGACGUGUCUGAGAAUGAUAGCCCAGAGAAAGCUUUGAUUCCAGAAACCAAAAGGAGAAGAGUUGACUGCAAGCAGGGCAGAACUGUGGGGCUCCGCAAGAAGAAUAGUGGGAGUACGCCAAGAAGGACAAGAAGAGGAACCAGCUUGUAAACGGCCAGCAGAUGAUGGGAGGCAAAUAUCCAAGAAUAAAAUUGGUGUUUUAGGUGUCCGCUUCCUUUUUUUCACACCCGUGUUUAAGCUUUAUAUCAUGUACUAUCCAUAUACUGUUAUGGUCACAACAAAAAAGUGGUUAUUUACUGGUUAGAGUAAUUAGAACGGGUCAGGUCCUCGCUACCUUUUUUUCUUUUUAAAUGUCUAUAGAUGUAGAUCCCUGCUCUUCCUUGUAUGGUCGUCCAAACAGAGUCGCACAAUCGACCUUUUGGACCUUCUGGGCUGUGCUGCUUAACCCCAAUGAAGUUCUGUUUGCAA